AGAGUUGCAAAGAUGGUCGAAACCGAUUCUCAAAUUAACCAUCGACCUGGUCCGUUACGGUACUUGACGGAGAAGGGAAAAGGAGAGGACGGGAGAGUCACUCGUAUUAUCCGGAGAGCAUACUGGAGGAACAGAGCAUCGUCGGUUCAGGCGACAAGAAAAUGAUGGUAAACACCGGAAUCUUGGACGGACUGACGUUUUAAGGUUCCGGUGGGCACCAUUUUUCUCAUUCACUGCGGGAAGAUGUGAACAAGGAGGUUGCGUUCUUUCUCCCCAUGUCUUGCUUGUCCUGCAUCCAUGGUUCUCCAUUCCUCCCAUCUCCCCUGACAGCGCAAUGUUUUGGAACUUGGAAGCGGGUCACUUCCUCUGUCUUCCGACAAUGGACUUUGGAUUUCUCAAAAGUUUGCCUCUAGUUGGUUCCCAAUCCAACACGGUGGUAGCAUCUGAACCUGCGAGGCUUGAGGCAUCUCCAUCCACAGACUGGGAGAAAGGCAACAUAGUGCAGCAGUCUAAAUAUCCAUUGCAAGAUCUGAUUCCCUUGAGAAAGUCUCUCUUGUCAAUCAUUUCUUGGGAAGGUAAAACUAGAAUUGAAUCAUAUGCUCAUGAUUCAAGCUUCAAAGCUGGUUCCAAGAAGAUCUAUAGGUCAGGAGAUUCUGGCUGUUCUGUUCCCCUUUUCAGGCCUUAUGUUGCCAGGGUUCCUUGGCACAAGGGCUUAAGGGCAUUUCUGUCUCAGCUGUUUCCUCGAUACGGACAUUAUUGUGGACCAAAUUGGUCAAGUGGUAAAGAUUGUGGAACUUUACUUUGGGAUAGGCGCCCAGUUGACUGGUUAGAUCUUUGCUGUUACUGCCAUGACAUUGGAUAUGAUACGCAUGACCAGGCAAAACUUCUUAAAGCUGACUUAGCCUUUCUUGAGUGUCUGGAGAAACCAAGAAUUAAUCCCAAGGAACAUAAUCACUGGGCUCAGAUAUACAGAUCACUUUACAUUGCAGGUCUCAAGACUGUGCUUAUACCAUAUAGGACACAGCUUGUGAAAUUACAAGCAAGGCAAUCCAUGGUGGAAAAGAAGUUGAACAGAAUGAAUAGCAGCAACAGGAACAUCCAACACGCUAGUUGAUGGUACUGACUCUGUGAGUAGGGCUUCCAAUCAGCUAUAUCCACUUCCAAUCAAUCAUCUGGGAGCUCCAUCAAUAUGUAAUAUUGUACAGUCUCUGUGUAUUUUAUAACGUUGAUAACUUAAUUAAUGUGCAGUAUAGCAAAAUGAAUAGGUGUUUUGAGCUA